UUUUGUUGGGUCGGUCGGACACAAAAAAAAAGUGCCGAGAAACCUGGGAGAGGAGCCAGGUCUUCCCAGAUGUAACUGAAAACAACCAGAAGCGUUUUCCACAGGAAACUUAAGCCAGCUGGGCCGUCAUUAGAGAAACAUUUCUAUCAGCCUUUCAGACACAUUUUAAUUGUGUAAACUUGAGAAACACAGGCAAGCUUAAUUUGCGAUGUGUAAGCUAUAGUCCUCAUGCAGAUACUGUACACUGUUUCCUUGUAGUUUGUUGGAAGCAAAGGACAUAUUUGACAUCCUAAACUCUUCAUCUAUGUGUACCUAUGAUCUCUGAAAGCUACUUGUGACUGGUACACAAAGUCGGAGAGGUUAUUAACUCUCUAAGGCACAGACAGAGGCCUGUUGCACAUAUUUUUUCACAUGCCUGGUGGCAGCCAACCACUCGGCUGCAAUGGAGAAUUGUGGCUGCAAAAGAACAAAUUGUAGAGGCCGCCGUCACCUCAGCAUCACCUGGGAGAUAGCCUAGCUUAGCUUAGCGUAGCUCAGGUCAGCACUUAGCUACUGACCCCUCCCUCCCUCCCUUCCUUCCCCCCCCCCUCUACUCCAAGUGAGCAGCCAUGGCUUCAGUGCGCUUCACGGUGACGCCCACGAAGGCCGAGGACCUCCCGGGGCUGUCCGACACGUCGCCUGACAUCAGCUCGCGUUCCGGCGCCCGCGUGCGUUUCGGCUCCAGAGAGAGCGUGAACCGGAGCGACCCGCUGAGCGAGGCGUACGGGGGCCAGGGAGGGGCCGAGACGCCGGACCACAGCACCUUAGACCAAGGUGAUGGAAACUCCAAAAUCUCCAGUGUGUACAUCAACAACACUCACGGGGUGGAUGACGACGACUUCUACGACCGAAACUUGGCCUUAUUUGAGGAGGAGAUGGACACUCGGCCAAAAGUGUCCUCUCUGCUCAACCGCCUGGCGAACUACACCAACCUGACGCAGGGAGCCAAGGAGCACGAGGAGGCCGAGGGCAUCGGGGAGAAGAAGAAAGCCGGCAAGUCUCCUCAGAUGGGGACCUUUAUGGGCGUCUACCUGCCCUGCCUGCAGAACAUCUUCGGGGUGAUCCUGUUCCUACGGCUCACCUGGGUGGUGGGCAGCGCGGGGGUCCUGCAGGGUCUCUGCAUCGUGUUCGUCUGCUGCUGCUGCACGUUGUUGACGGCGAUAUCGAUGAGCGCCAUCGCCACUAACGGAGUUGUUCCAGCGGGAGGCGCGUACUUCAUGAUCAGCCGCUCUCUGGGUCCAGAGUUCGGGGGGGCGGUGGGUCUGUGUUUCUACCUGGGAACCACCUUCGCCGGAGCCAUGUACAUCCUGGGAGCCAUCGAGAUCCUGCUGAUUUACUUAGCACCCAAAGCAGCUAUUUUCAAGUCGGAGCACCCCGAAGGUGAAGGGGCGGCCAUGUUGAACAACAUGCGAGUGUACGGCUCCAUCUGCCUCCUCCUCAUGUCCCUGCUGGUCUUCGUGGGCGUGAAGUACGUCAACAAACUGGCGUCAGUCUUUCUCGCCUGCGUCAUCGUCUCCAUCGUCUCCAUCUACGUCGGGGCGCUGGUCUCCGCCUUCAAACCGCCUCAUUUCCCCGUGUGCAUGCUGGGAAACAGGACAAUCAGCGGACACGAAAUUCCGGACCGCCAAUGUGGGAAAACCAUGCUGCAGCAGAUCAAAGAUCAAGGGGAGAUGGGGGACUACAACACUACUAGUAACGAAACCAGCACUCUGGGCCCGACCUUCGACCCCAGCCUGGCCCCCCCUCUCACGGAGAAGACCACUCACCUCUGGAAACAGUUCUGCCACGGAACAGAAAUCAACUCUUCCUGCGACGAAUACUUCCUCUCCAACAAUUUCUCACAGAUCAAAGGCAUCCCCGGUCUGGCCAGUGGGGUCAUUUCAGACAACCUGUGGAGCGCGUACCUCAGUAAAGGCGCCGUGGUGGAGAAAGCCUCGCUCAGCUCCUCUCACGUUUCCCCCCCCGCCUCCACCCAGCAGCCCUACGUGUUCGCAGACAUCACCACGUCCUUCACGCUGCUGGUGGGCAUCUUCUUCCCCUCCGUCACAGGAAUCAUGGCUGGUUCCAACCGGUCGGGGGAUCUGAAAGACGCUCAGCGCUCCAUCCCCAUCGGCACCAUCAUGGCCAUCCUCACCACCUCGCUCGUCUACCUGAGCAGCGUCGUGCUGUUCGGCGCCUGCAUCGACGGGGUCCUCCUGCGAGACAAGUUUGGAGACUCGGUGGAAGGGAACCUGGUGGUUGGGACUCUGGCCUGGCCGACUCCCUGGGUCAUUGUGAUUGGUUCGUUCUUCUCCACAUGUGGCGCCGGCCUCCAAUCGCUGACCGGCGCUCCUCGACUCCUACAGGCCAUCGCCAAGGACAACAUCAUCCCCUUCCUCCGGGUGUUUGGCCAUGGGAAGGCUAACGGGGAGCCGACCUGGGCUCUGCUGCUGACGGCUCUGAUCGCCGAGCUGGGGAUCCUCAUCGCCUCCCUGGACCUGGUGGCUCCCAUCCUUACCAUGUUUUUCCUGAUGUGUUAUCUGUUCGUGAACCUGGCCUGUGGUCUCCAAACUCUCCUGAGGACGCCCAACUGGAGGCCUCGCUUCUCCUACUACCACUGGACUUUGUCGUUUUUGGGGAUGACGAUCUGCCUGGCGCUCAUGUUCAUUUCCUCCUGGUACUAUGCAAUCGUUGCCAUGGUGAUCGCCGGCAUGAUCUACAAGUACAUUGAGUACCACGGAGCGGAGAAGGAGUGGGGGGAUGGGAUCCGCGGCCUGUCGCUCAGCGCCGCCCGGUACGCCCUCCUGAGGCUGGAGGAGGGACCGCCGCACACCAAGAACUGGAGGCCUCAGGUUCUGGUGUUACUGAAGCUGGACGAGGACGCCCACGUUAAGUCUCCUCGCCUGCUGACGUUCGCCAGCCAGCUGAAGGCGGGGAAAGGUCUGACCAUCGUCGGCACCGUCGUCUCCGGAAACUUCCUGCAGAAUUACGGAGAGGCUCUCGCUGCCGAGCAGACGCUGAAGCACCUGAUGGAUAAGGAGCGGGUGAAGGGCUUCUGUCAGUGCAUCGUGGCCCAGAAGCCCCGGGAAGGCAAUCACAUGAUCCAGUCCAGUGGGCUCGGAGGAAUGAAGCCCAACACGGUGGUGAUGGGCUGGCCUCACGCCUGGAGGCAGAGCGAGGACCCUCAGGCCUGGAAGACCUUCAUCAACACGGUGCGGGUCACCACAGCAGCCCACCUGGCCCUGCUGGUGCCCAAAAACAUCUCCCUGUUCCCCAACAACAGCGAGCCCUGCAGCGAGGGGUACAUCGACGUGUGGUGGAUCGUCCACGACGGGGGGAUGCUGAUGCUGCUGCCCUUCCUGCUGCGCCAGCACAAGGUGUGGCGUAAGUGUGGGAUGAGGAUCUUCACCGUGGCCCAAAUGGAGGAUAACUCCAUCCAGAUGAAGAAGGAUCUGGCAACCUUCCUGUAUCACCUCCGCAUCGAGGCUGAGGUGGAAGUGGUUGAGAUGCAUGACAGUGACAUCAGUGCGUACACCUACGAGAGGACUCUGAUGAUGGAGCAGAGAUCUCAGAUGCUCCGGCAGAUGAGACUGUCCAAAUCUGACCGGGAGAGAGAGGGACACCCUGGUAGCAGCAGCAGCAGUAGGACGGAGGCAGGUGGAGCUGCGAGGUCUCAGGCUCAGGUGGUGAAAGACAGAAACUCCAUGCUGCGUCUGACGAGCAUCGGAUCGGACGAUGACGACGAUACUGACGGAGGAGAGAGAGAAAGGGCCUCAAACGCUGGAGGAAAUGGAGGAGAAAGAGAAGGAGGAAGAGGAGGAGGAAGAGGAAGCACCGAACAUCACCGCAGAGUUCAGAUGACCUGGACCAAAGAGAAGAGCUCUCAGUACAGAGCAGCUCACUCAGGAUGCUCCACUCCAGAGGGAUUCAGAGACAUGCUCAGCAUGAGGCCGGAUCACUCUAACGUCAGGCGGAUGCACACCGCGGUGAAACUCAACGAGGUCAUCGUCAAUAAAUCCCACGAUGCACGGCUGGUCCUGCUCAACAUGCCGGGGCCGCCCAGGAACACGGACGGAGACGAGAACUACAUGGAGUUCCUGGAGGUCCUGACAGAAGGGCUGGAGCGCGUCCUAUUGGUCAGAGGAGGAGGAGGUGAAGUCAUCACCAUCUACUCCUGAUUGGACGAAACUAAGGAAGCGAUAAAGACGCAGCCAAUCACAUAGAAGCGACUGAAGGGGGAGACGAUGGGGGGGGGG